GCAACUGAAAUCCCUUUUCUCUCGUAUCUCCCUCUCGUUCUCUCUUUUUGCACCGCCCCUCUCCCUCUCCCACAGUGCAACCCAAACCCCCUAUCUCUCUGUUUUGACUUACUCUCCUCUCUCCCUAUCUGUUACUCUCCUCUCUCCCUAUCUGUCUCUCACUUUGCAUCAGCCACAUCGGAGGCCGCCAAGAAGAGAUAGAAAGAGAGGGAGAGAUUGGCCUCGAAAUUUGAUGUCAGUCACCUCAAGUUCGGAGUUUGGCAAGCUCACCGCCGUUGCCACUGUUGUUGGCGUGAAGAGAAAGAACGGGAGGGAGAGAUGAGGCAGAUCCGCUCCCGUUUAGACUAAAUAUCUCUAGUUUCAAGGCUUAAGUAAACAAAUUUAUUUCUGAUUGGAUAAUCGAAGGAUUUAAAUCGCGAGAACCACUUCUCCAAACGCAGAAAGCGAUCUCCAAAUCCCGCCGAAGACGAAAGCAAAAUGCACGGACGACCUCGCAAAGCCGCGAAGCCAGAGGAUGAAGCUGCUUCCUCCGCCCAAGCCCAAGAGCUUCGCGCUCUCCAGUCUCAGUUGCUCUCCAACCACCACAACAAGAUUUACACAGACGAAGCUCAGCAAUUGAGCGCCAAGCUCGUCCAGCAGAACCCCGAGUCCUACACGGCUUGGAACUACAGGAAACUCGUCGUCCAGCACAACCUCGCGCAGUCCGAGUCCGAUCCUGACUCGCUCAAGUCCAUUCUCGACCAAGAACUCGGACUUGUAGAAAGCGCGUUGAAACAGAAUUUCAAAUCCUACGGAGCUUGGCAUCAUCGAAAAUGGGUGCUGAGCAAGGGCCAUUCGGUUUUAGACCGCGAAUUGAAGCUUCUCAAAAGGUUCCAGCAGUUGGAUCCCCGGAAUUUUAAUGCUUGGAAUUACCGCCGAUUUGUAGCUGCGUUAUUGAAUAGAUCAGAGGAGGAAGAAUUGGAUUACACUAGGGAAAUGAUAGAACACAAUUUCAGCAAUUAUUCGGCAUGGCAUAAUCGGAGUGUACUCCUGUGUAAUUUGAUGAAGAAAAAAUCCCAAGGGUUUUUCCCAAAAAAGAAGGUUCUGAAUGAUGAGUAUGAGCAUGUACACGAUGCUAUUUUUACGGAUCCAGAUGAUCAAAGUGGUUGGUUUUAUUAUCUUUGGCUUCUUGAUCAAAUGGUGAAAACAGAUGCUCCUCUUCUUGUUGCUUCUUGGCCUGCCCAUGAAUCUGAUGUCAUUUUGUCGAGAAAUAGGCGCUCAGAUGACUCUUCUUUUUCUCCGUUUGAUAGUUUUCAGUCUGAUUCAGGAACAGUUCCACUGAUUCUUUAUUUCAAUCAAGCUGUUGAAGGUGUAAAUUCAUCCACUAUAACCAUUGAAUCUUUGUUUUGCACAAAAGAUCUUAAUUGGAAACCACUUUUACAAAAUAACUCCCAGCUGUCCCAAGUUUGGGUUACACAUAUUAAAUUUCCAGAUGUAAAGCCCCAUUCUUCAGAAGCUUAUCAGCUGAAAAUUAGUGUUGGGCAGUCUCAGGGCAUCAUCUCUGCUAGUGGCAUUCACUAUAGCCAUCCUACACAGCUUGCUUUCAAAGUGUGUUUACGCCCUAUUGAAACUGAACCAGCUACAAAGCAGGGUGGGCAGAGAAUUUUGUGGAGAGAUGAAAACUUUCAUAUGUACCAACCACAAUCUCAGGAGCCAGAUGAAGUAGUUCCUAUUGAUCAAUUAAUUAUUAAUGAUCAUGAGCCGACAGCGUCAAAUUGGCAUGCAGAGACUAUUGCUAAUGAAAUAGCUCUCUUCCGGGAAUUGUCAGAGCUUAACUGUAAAAUUGGAAAGCUUACACUAGCAAGGUUAUUAACAGCGCAUGAUGUUAUAUUGUCUCCACGUACAAGCAAAAUGGCCCAUUCUGAAGAAGUUCUUGGACUCUAUAUUGACUUAAUAAAGUUGGACCCGUUACAUUCUCAGUAUUACAAAGAUGAGCACAGCUUAGUUUUGCUGCAGAAGGUAACUCCCAAUAGGGAGUCUCUGUUAAACCACUGCUUUAGCUAUAAAAACUUGGCUUCUUCAAGCAUUGGUAAUGAUAUAUGUCUACGACUAAGCAAAUUAUCCUUAUCACGAAUGGGUUCAAUUGAGAAAUUACUGUGGGUCCAAAUGCUAGACCUCAGCCACAAUGAACUUCGUUCAAUUGAAGGAUUGGAGGCCAUGCAGCUUCUGUCUUGCUUAAAUCUGAGUAACAACAAGCUUGGUAGUUUAACUGCUCUGGGGCCGUUGAGACUGUUGAAGUCACUAGAAGUGUUGGAUAUCUCAUACAAUGAGAUAGGCUCACACACUAUUGAUACGACAAGGUAUCUAUGUUCUACUCCUCUUUCCCAUACAGAAGAAACUAGUUGGAACAGUGACGAAAUUGUGACUGGGGGUGCCAGUGUGAAAGAUAAUUGGGAAGCUGUUCUGAUAUUUAAAAGCAUGAGCUUGACACAAUUAGCCAUUGUGGGAAAUGCAAUUUCUGGUGAAAACUUCAAGUCGCUUUUGGUCAAGUUAGUUCCUACACUUGAGUGGCUGGAUGGUGAUAAAUUGCAUUGACCUUCAAUUCUUCGUCUAUUUUACAGUUAGCAAAAACACUAUACUUUGUUCAAUACAGUGGUCCUAUACAUGUUACAUGUUCUAGUCUUUCCCCUGUUAUGUUUAAGUUGUCGGUACAGAUUUGACUAUAGAAUCGAACAGUUCAAGUGCAAGCUUCCCGUUAAA